AUGAACAACGAGAAAUGUGUAAUUAAAGUCCUAAAACCGGUAAAGAAGAAAAAGAUCAAGAGAGAGAUUAAGAUUUUACAAAAUUUAGCUGGCGGACCAAACAUUAUUUCACUUUUGGACGUCGUGAGAGAUCCUCAGUCUAAGACGCCGUCUCUUGUUUUCGAAUAUGUUAAUAACACAGACUUCAAAGUGUUGUAUCCCAAAUUUACUGAUUAUGAUGUACGCUACUAUAUAUUUGAACUUUUGAAGGCGUUAGAUUAUUGUCAUUCCAAAGGGAUCAUGCAUAGAGACGUAAAGCCACAUAAUGUAAUGAUCGAUCAUGAAAAGCGUAAGUUGAGACUUAUAGAUUGGGGUUUAGCAGAAUUCUAUCACCCAGGGACCGAAUAUAAUGUACGCGUUGCGUCUAGAUAUUUUAAAGGGCCAGAAUUAUUAGUCGAUUUUCAAGAAUAUGAUUAUUCUCUUGAUAUGUGGAGUUUGGGUUGCAUGUUUGCCAGUAUGCCUUUUUUUCACGGACAUGAUAACUAUGAUCAAUUGGUAAAAAUUGCUAGAGUACUUGGCACAGAUGAGCUUUUUGCAUAUCUUGAUAAGUACGACAUAGAAUUGGAUACUCAAUAUGAUGAUAUUUUGGGAAGGUAUCCACGAAAACAAUGGAAUAAAUUUAUCACUAGCGAAAAUCAAAAAUUUGUUUCCAAGGAGGCCAUUGAUUUUCUUGACAAACUAUUGCGAUAUGACCAUCAGGAACGACUGACACCCCAAGAAGCCAUGGAACAUCCUUAUUUUGAUCCGGUAAAACAAGUCGACGGUAAUGGAACUCGGGCAUAG